GCGUUGGCUGGGCUGGAUGAGGGAGAUGAGCCCGGGUCGGGUCUACGGGAAUCGGGUAGUUUGGAGAUAUCGGUGCAGGUACCGGCGCAGGUACAAUUGCAGGUGCAAGUGCCGGUGUAGGUGCCAGUGCAGGUACAGGUGCAGGUGCCGGUGCCGGUGUAGAUGUAGGUGCCGGUACAGGGUCGGAGGUGACAGACAGUUCGUUUUCCUCGUUCGACUGUUCGUUUUCCUGUUCGUUCUCCUGUACCGCUGCAGGUGCAGGUGGGGGUGGGGGUACGAAGACCGCCCCCGGGGUUGGGAGCGCCUCACCAGGCAGGACACCACUCGCCCUCUCCUUCUCCUUUUCUCGCUCUCGCUCUCUGAUCUCCCUCCUUACAGCCCAGAUGUUCUUCCCCCCUCCCGCUCCUCCUCCCGCUCCUCCUCCUCCUCCCGCUCCCGCUCCACCUGCACCAACCCCUCCCGCUCCCGUUCCUCCUCCACCUGCUCCCCCUCCCACCCCUGCCAACCCCGGCGAACCAGGCUUACUCAUCCCUGCUCCUGUUGGCGUAGGCAGCGACGGCAAAGAGGGAAGUGAAGGUUGAGAACUGGAGGGAGAGAGGAGGGGGAGUGUCGGUGUCGGUGUUGACGUGGCGGUUGGAGUGGGGGUUUGUUGGGAUUGGGGGUGAGGCAGGGGAUGGGUGCCGUUUACCCCAUUCCCCGUCCCGUUCCCGUUCCCCGUCCCAGUCGCGGUCCCGUUAGUCAACCCCUGACUAGCCUGCGAAGCGCGCGAAGAAGUAGCAGAUGCGUUUGUGAAGGAUACGGAGGCGGACAAGGAGGUAGAGGAAGAAGAAGCUUUUUUAGCCCGGUCGGCGUAGGACAGCGGUUGGGACUGUGACUGGGUGUGAGGUUGAGGUAGUGGUUGAAGCUGUUGAGGUUGCGAGGAGACCAUUUUAUUGCUCGGAUUGCUCGGAUCGGAUCGCGGUAGUUUUGGGGGGAUAGGCAGCGCUGGUGCGCGGUUUGUGGGAGGAAGGAGUGGGUGGCGAGGGGUUGGGAGGUGUGAGGCGGUGAGGGAUGAGCGAUGGAUGGGUCUAGACGACAAUAGUUAUAGCUAUAGGUUGACGAGGUGUGC